CUGGGUUACAAGCUACAGUUUUUCCACACUGUUGAAGACUCAUUUUGUGGAUGUACAUAAUGUUUUAUGAUGUAUAGUUUAUUUAUCAGUUCCAAGAGUCAGGUUUUUAUGUUUGUUUACACUGGAAUGAUGACGAGACAUUGAGACCAAUGCCAAUGUCAUUAAGAUAUAUUUUUAGCGGCGUACUACCAUAAUGUAAGUAACUGUCACGAAUUAAUAUAAUUACAAAUCACAAAAGAUGGCUGCGCCCUUGCCAAAGAAAUGUGUGGAACUGGGGUUUGUAGAAAAUUCAGAGGAGUUCUUGCUAAGAAGUAGAUUUUUUCCAAGUAAACUUGGUGGUCGACCUGCUUGGUUGUCGCUGGAAUCCAUACCAACCACGGAACAGCUGUCAUGCGUUGAAUGUAUGAAACCAACAAUAUUUCUUUUGCAAGUUUAUUCCCCAUGUACACUAAAGUUGGAAACAUUUCAUAGAACUUUAUUCAUAUUUGUUUGCAGUAACCCAGACUGUUGUAAAACAAAUUCUAACAAAAACUUACAUGUGUUUCGAUCACAGUUACCAAGGGAAAAUAAGUUUUAUAGCUCGGACCCAUCACCAGAGAUUGAAGUGCAAAAUGAAGUUGAUGCAAGUUUGUUUAACAAACUAUGUGUAGUAUGUGGUUGUCUGGGACUGAAAACCUGCAGUAAAUGUCAUAACGUAAACUACUGCAGUAAGGAACACCAGACAGUUCACUGGAAAUCGGGACAUAAAGUCGGCUGUAACCUAAGCAAAGAAGCUGAUGUUAGCACAAAAGAAGUCAAAUUUGAUUGUUUAUUUCCUGAGAUGGAGCUUGUCACAGAACCAGAGAAUAAUGAAUCUGAAAAGGAUUGUGUGGAAAAGACAGAUGAAGAAAAAAUGAAGGAAUAUGAUGAGUUUUUAAAGAAAGAAAAUGUAUCCCAAACAUGUGGAGAAAUGUCCGAGGCAGAGCUUCAGAAGAUGGCAAGUAAAGAAAGUGAGAAUGAUAAACAGUUGAGGAGAUUUAAGAAAAGGAUAAGCCAGGAACCAGAGCAGGUCUUAAGAUACGAUAAAGGUGGAGAGCCAUUGUGGAUCGCCAGUGAUCCUAAACCUGAAGUGAUACCCGAUUGUAAAUGUGGAGCUAAACGACAGUUUGAAUUCCAGGUUCUGCCACAUUUAUUGUCCUUCAUGAAUGUUGACAAGCUGGGAGCCAGUAUAGACUGGGGAACAUUGUGUGUAUACACAUGUAGUGAGAACUGUUCUAUAGGAAACACAUACAGUAGAGAGUAUAUUUUCAAACAGGAUGUUGUCUAAGAAAGCUAGGAGCCAGUAUAGACUGGGGAACAUUGUGUGUAUACACGUGUAGUGAGAACUGUUCUAUAGGAAACACAUAAAGUAGAGAGUAUAUUUUCAAACAGGAUGUUGUCUAAGAAAGCUGGGAGCCAGUAUAGACGGGGGAACAUUGUGUGUAUACACGUGUAGUGAAGAACUGUUCUAUAGGAAACACAUAAAGUAGAGAGUAUAAGUGACAGAAUCUGACUGCUUAUGGCAGAUGGCUGCUUAAGUAAAAAUCAGAACAAGGUCAGUUUGUCAAGUUAGUUCACUUGCUACUUAAGGCAAGUGGUUAAUGCAGGUGAUCGCUAUGGCCGUUUCCGAUGUAUACCAAUAGGACUGUUCUACAGGACUUGCAUACAGUAGAGAAUAUAAUAUAAUAUAAUAAGGAGAUCCUUUGAGAAUUCAUCUUUAGUGAGGGUUGUUAAAAAAAUCCAUAAGGUUGUGUAUAUAUACAUGUCUGUUACCUCUAGCCCAGUACAGUGUUACGCAUGUAUGUUUUAUUCCAUUUUGAUUGAGGUAUUGUUCUAGUUCCUCAGGUGUGACUUUUUGUGCAUUGUCUGAAACAAAUUUCUCUACUAACCCAUGAAAUGCAUAUAUCUUUCUGAGUUUAUUUAUGAUGGUAGACAUGUUGUUGAUUUUAUAUUUUCAACUUCUGGUUAUCUGGAGUAGUAAUUGAUAAUAACCAAAAUACUUUCUCCUGACGUGCAAAGUCUUGUACAAUUUUCCAUGGUCUUUCUGGUAACAGAGACAGUCAUUACUUGUGGAUGUUUAGUUGAGCUUGAUACCAUUUGGCAUGGCUGACAGUUUUCAACAAGCAUUUCUGCAUCUUUAUUGAUAUUUGUUGCUUUGGCCGCCACACUUUUUAUCUCCCUCCAAAGGUGGAGGGAUAAAGAUUUGGCAUUGUUGUUUGGCUGUUCGUAUGUUCAUCCAAGAGGAUGUCCAAUGAGUUUAAUUUAAAGAGCAUUUUAGCUAGAAUCAUUAAACCUCAUGUAGUGUUAUUGUAACAACACCUUAUAGUUUAAUACAAAUCAGCAUCCACGCACAGCAGCCCAACAGAAUACAUACAUAGUGAUGAUACAUAUUUAUAUACAAUGUUCCCACUAGAUAUAGCACGUGACUAUUACCAUAUAAUUAUACUCGGUACAACAGAUCUACUACAUUCUCUCCUUUUCUUCAGUUCUUUUGUUCAUUAAAACCAUUAAUAAGCAAUUAAGUUAAUUUUCAAUCAAAGAAUAAAAUUUAAGUUUUAACAUUUUCAACUUUUAGAAUAAUUACAGCAUCACUAGAAAGUCUUUUAUCCCCCGACGAAGUCGGAGGGAUAUAGUUUUCGCAUUGUACGUCCGUCUGGAGCCAUAUCUUGGAAGUGGUUGGGAAUAUUUAAAUAAAACUUCAUGUACAUGUUCACAACUAUGAGGUUAUAUUGCCCUCAAAGUUUCAGUCAGAUUGCCCAAGUAACACCAGAAUUAUGGCCCUUAGAAGUUUCUAGUGUUAACUAUAUAGGGUACUAUAAAUAUGGCAAUUUAUUUAUUUGAGUUUUAUGGCGCACCAACACAGUAUAGGUUAUAUGGCACCAAACAGGACUACAAAUUUUGGUUCCACAUCUCAUUUACAUCGAAAUAAAAACAUGAGGUAUGGAAUCAAAAUUUGCAUACCUGCUGGAAUCACAGAGUUACUGCUAAACCAAGUGUUAAGACCCUAUUUCUGCUUCAUAGCUUGUGAUAUAUUUGAUGUAGAACUAUGAAACUAUAAUUAAAUUUAGAUCACCAUAUUGUGGUUGUGCACACACAAUUUCGUCCGUAUUUCUUUAAUAAAUUCAAAGUUAUUGCUCUUUAAUUGUUUAAAAAUCCACAUAUUUGUACAUAACAAACUUACCACUUGGUAGAAUUUCAUUAAACUUCUUUCAUUCUUUUCCAUGAACAUUUAUUAUAAAUAUGUGAAGUUGUGUACCCACUCCUGGUCAACAAUUUGCCUUAGGCACACCCCCUCCCCACUCCCAACCCCCCACCCACUCCCCAAAUAAUUUCAAUUCACUUCAUUAGAUGUAUACAUUAUAUGGUAUUUAAGUUCUAACCAGAUACAUAAUUCUUUCUUAAGCAAUAAACAUCAACCAUAAAGUAUAUUCAUUUCUACUAACUGGAUACAGUAGGACAAGUUAAUUAUGCUUUACACAAAAGUCAUUUAAUUUGUAAAAAUAUGCAGAAUAUUUUUAAACAAACAGAUUUUAAACUUUCUGUAAUAAAUAAGAGAUUUUUUAUACACAGUCUGUUUACCUUUUGAAGAUUAAACUCCACUGACGAUACGAUAUUCUGCAUUUGGAUAUUCAUUUGUGAUAUUCCUCACCAAGUCGUCCAACUGCUCCUGUUCAAUACUAGAAUAAGUGCUGCCAAUCAUUAAAUUAUAUUCCUUUAGUCGCCUUUUUAUUGUACUCUCACUUGCCAUUAAAAGUCCAGAAAUGUCCUUCACUGUAAACUUGUUAUUUACCAAGAACUCAAGGAUCGAAAAGGGAAUGAAAAACUUUGGCUGACCUCUCUUUCCACACUCCAGUGGCACUUCAAUGCGGAAAGCAUUGUCGCUACCAGAAUCAUUCAUCAUCAGACCUAAGGCUUGUUUAACAUAAUUUGAGCCGCGCCAUGAGAAAACCAACAUAAUGGGUUUGCGACCAGCAU